UGUAGAAGCUGAUCUUGUAUCUUUCUAUCCCCAUGGAUUCAAGCGUUUCUACACAUCUCGUUUCCCAGCUUCCUCUAGAGAGAGAAGACCAGAAAGAUCAUGGGGAUUCCUUUUUACACCCACCAUUUCUGCAGAAAGAAUCAUUUGUGCCCAAAAAUUUCAUUUGGCCAAAAGGGGAUUUAGUGGUAGCUCAUGAUGAGCUUAGAGAGCCAAUAGUGGAUCUUGGAGGUUUCUUUAGGGGUGAUCUGGUGGCAACACAGCAUGCUGUGCUGCUCAUUAGGGCAGCCUGCUUAAACCAUGGUUUCUUUCAAGUAACCAACCAUGGAGUCGAUCCUCGGCUCGUCAAAAUGGCAUAUCAUCACAUGGAUAAUUUCUUUAAGCUUCCAGCCAGCAUGAAACUUAGGGCUAAGAGAACGCCUGGUAAUAUGUGGGGCUACUCCGGAGCCCAUGCUGAUCGUUUCUCGUCGAAACUACCUUGGAAGGAGACAUUAUCCUUCGGAUUCCAUGACUCCGGCUCAAAACCAGUUGUGGAAGAUUUCUUCAAAUCCAACCUAGGGAUGGAUUUCGAACAAACAGGAGUGGUAUACCAAAAGUAUUGUGAAGCAAUGAAAGAUGUAGCACUAGCAAUCAUGGAGCUACUGGCAAUCAGCUUGGGAGUCCAUCCACUGCAUUAUAAGCACUUUUUUCAAGAUGGUUCCUCGAUAAUGAGAUGUAAUUACUACCCACCAUGCAAAGAGCCAGGUCUUGCCUUCGGCACAGGACCUCAUUGCGAUCCAACAUCCUUAACCAUUCUUCACCAGGACCAAGUUGGUGGUCUUGAAGUAUUCGCCAACAAUAAAUGGCGGAAUGUUCGACCCCGUCCCGAUGCACUAGUCGUUAACAUUGGUGACACCUUCAUGGCAUUGUCGAAUGGGAGAUACAAGAGUUGUCUACACAGGGCAGUGGUUAACAGGUACAAGGAGAGGAGGUCGUUGGCAUUCUUUCUGUGCCCAAGAGAGGACAAGUUGGUGAGACCCCCUGAGGAUCUUGUGUGUCGUGAUGGGACAAGUGCGUACCCUGAUUUCACAUGGUCAGAUUUGCUCUAUUUCACUCAAUACCAUUACCGUGCUGAUGAUGCCACCCUACCAAACUUCACCAAAUGGCUUCUCUCUUCCAAAUCAGCGAGUGAUCUCUGAUCGAUUAAUUAAUACGCAUGCAUUCUCUCUGUCUUAGAAUAUAUAUAUAUAUAUAUGUUAUUAGCAGAUAAUCAUCAUCAUGAUCAUGAUCCAGUCCACCGCAAUCACGCGAGGAUUGUUUCUAUUUGUUUAUUCGAGUUUCUGAGUGGAUAUGUAGACGUGUGUGCAUGCAAAAUAUAUCUAUGUACCUUAUAUUGAUCAGUUCAAAACCAGCAACAUAUAUAUUGAUUUACUUUUUGGUAUGUAUGUA